AUGCAAGAGGCCCUCACCAAGGUCAACCCCGUUAGCCGAGAUACGGCGGUGGAAGAGGGAAACUCGGAGGUCCGGCCCCAAUUGCUUCAAUCUAGCAUGGAGCGGUCCCAAACUUCUCGUCGGACCCGGACCGGCGUGACGGACAUCCUCCGCAGCGACAUUGGCACUUUCAUCGUGGGAGUCGUCCUCGGCGUCAUCGUCCGCCUCCUAUUUGGGCUUCUCCACGGCAUCAUGCCCUCUCGUGCUCGGCCAUCGGCGGCUGAUAGGCAAACUGUUCCCCUGGAUGUGAUGAGCCUUUUGAGCAACAGCUUGCUGAACCAAGCGAAGGCGACAAAGGCAGAGGAAAUUUGUAGAGCUAAGGACGCAGUCUUCCACCAUACAGCGUGGACCCGUGUCGAAUGA